AUGUGUUUCAACGACGACGUGGUCUUCCUUUCUCAUCCUUUAUAUUAAAACUUCACCUCCUCUUCCCAUAUCAUCAUCAAUAUUCUCUCCUCUGUUCUAAUUUGGACAAAUGGCCACGGGAAACAAAGGAAGACAACUGCCAAAGUUUGGGGAAUGGGACGCCACUAAUCCAGCCUCAGCACAAGGGUUCACCGUCAUCUUCAACCAGGCUCGUGACGACAAGAAGACCAAGAAAACAGCUGUCGCGGGACCUGAGAGUCUGGUUACACCUCCAGUAAACAUUGAGCCUCAGCGGAGACACAACCAUCAUAAUAAUAAACGUAAUCCCCAAAUCCAACGAGAAAAGAAGGGAUGGCUAUGUUUCCGCUAACUCGGUUGAAGAAGUCGAUGAUAAGGAAGCAGAACCAGUGAGCUGUUGCAAACUUGUCUUCUUCUUGCUUCACUUUUUUUGGGUACAUAAAUAAAUUAUAUUUUACAUUGUUCUUGGUUCGAAUAUAUAAAGAUUGAGAUAUGUCCUUAGUAGUCAUGUAAUACAAACUGCAUAAACGUCAUGUUAUAUGUCUGAAUACUCAAGAGCCUGC